CAGCAUAAUGUUGACAACUUGCCUGCCUUGCAGCCAGUCUGCUGUCACUGCAGCAAUCAGCAAUGUUUUUCUAAUGUGAACUUCGUCAACAAAAUACUGUUGUCUCAAGAUGACUCUCAGUGUUAUGGCUUUGUGCACACACUGAGGAGCUGAUGUGGGGCUUGGGUGUUCAAGGAAAUCUGACGAGAUUCUCUCAGUACUGACAAUACUUGACUUGGUAGUGAUGCAAUUACUGAAUUCUAGUAACCUCAUUUGAACCAAGAUGUGGGUGGUUGAUGAGAUCUCACACGUCAUCCAAGAGAUGCUGUUGGAGGGAAACCUUCACAAUAUCAUUGUGUUCACCGUCAUAACCAGCUCCUCUGUUCUUUCAGUGGUGGGUGCUAUCAAGCACAUUUACACAUUCAUCUACAACCUGAGACAUGGACGCCAGAAUGCACUUCACCAACAGCCGCCCGCUUCAGCCAUGCCUCGCCGCUUCAGCUCAUCGACAGACUCCAGCUUUGGGGACAAAACCAGAUUUUCAAAGAUGCGACGCACUCAGUCCACAACUUCCUGGUCGGAAAGAAAGGUCCUGAAAUCUGCUCAGUGGAAUCGGGCUUCCAGACUUAAAAAACAACAGCAAGUGAAUCCUAGAUGCCUAAAGUGCGACGCGGCGGGCUGGGAGAGGUUCUGUGUGUUUGGCCUGUGUGGUCAGUGCUGUGAGGCAGAAGGCGGGUGUCACAAGGGUGGUCACUCUCAGAGACCCAUGUCAUACACGCCCUGGGUCCUGCAGAGCAGCAAGACGGCAAUGAUGGUGGAUUUGAGUAACAUGUGUCUACGUGAAGUGCCGGAGCGCCUUGGGUAUGAGAGUAUGGAUGCCACAACUUUGAACCUGUCUCACAAUCUGCUGUCGGAUCUGCCCGAGCAUAUGUCUGUGAUGAGAAGCAUUGUCAAUGUCAGCCUCAAGCAGAAUCUUUUUUCUUACAUUCCGUCUUUCUUUCGAUCUCUACAUAAAUUGUCCUGCCUUGAUCUCAGGAACAACAGUUUUCAUAUAUUUCCAGAACCAUUGCUUCAUCUCACUCACUUACGCAAGCUCUACUUGGAUCAUAAUCAGCUUCGAGAGUUACCUGAUGAUAUUGACAGGCUCCUGUCCUUGGAAUGUCUAAGUGUAGGGAACAACAAUUUGUCCUUCAUUCCUUCAGCUGUCUUCAACAUUCGCAGAUUAAAAAGUUUGAGUUUCCGUGGCAACAAAAAAGUGUCAUUACUGCCGAGUGCGGUAGAGAACUUGAUUUGUCUUCAGACUCUAGACCUGAGCCACUGCGACAUCUCCUUCCUUCCCCCAUGUCUCAGUGCCUGUGCCAUGCUGAGGAAGCUGCUCUUGUCUCAUAACAGAAUUUCCCAAUUGCCCAGUGAAAUCUCCCAGUGCUUCAGAUUGGAGCGCCUAUGUGUGGAUCACAAUUGUCUGUCACAUCUGCCUGCUGGGCUACUCUAUCGCCAGGCGAACCUGACGCUUUCAGCCUGUAACAACAAGUUUGUCGCUCGCCCCGACUCUCAGCUCAUGUGUGUGGUGUUGGACGAGCUGCCCUCCAGUCGCAGGUGCCCAGUGGCCAGUCUGAAAAGCUUGACCCGGUCACUCAUCGUGAGGUGCCGGGUCCCCACAGAGCAGUUACCAGUGCCACUGCAAGAGGAGCUCUCCUUUACCUCGUGCUGCUGGUCGUGUGGCAAGUGUGAAGAACCGCGCAGCACUCGAUUCAUCAAGUUCUCCUCGUUUGGUCACUCGAGCCACACCCUGCCUUUCCUCUACACCUUCUGCAACUACCACCUGCUGGGGGGGAGAGUGAAGGCGGCCACAGCUGGAGGCGCAGGGGAGGAGAGCACGGCCAGUCUCUGUGACUUCUAUUCUUUGUGUGUUCUGUGAAGCUUUUUGUGAGCUAAGAGUGAGUGAGGGACUUGAAGAGUGUUGUUAGGAUGGGUAGUGUGUGUAUUGUAAGGUCGUGGGUUCAUUGAGUGAGCUGUGUUGUGGCGUUGGUGGCCUAGUGGUUAGGCUCUUGGACUCUUA